UUGGACAUCAUAAAAAAAAACUAAAACAAAAACAAAACAUUCCCCUUGAAGACGCCAGAUUGGCAGAAGCAGCCCAGCAGAGGGAACAGGACGAGUUGAACCCAAGGACUUGACCAGGAUGAACGGACUUCCGCCGAGCAAGCACUACAAUUUAACGCACUACCAACAGCGUUACAAUUGGGACUGCGGGUUGUCCUGCAUUAUCAUGAUACUCUCUGCUCAGCAAAGGGAACAGCUCCUUGGAAACUUUGAUGCAGUGUGCGGUGAAGAGGGUUUUGGAUCCAGUACCUGGACUAUUGACUUGUGUUAUCUGCUAAUGCGCUACCAGGUGCGGCACGAAUACUUUACCCAAACGCUCGGCAUAGAUCCCAACUACGCCCAGCACACUUACUAUUCCAAGAUCAUUGACAAGGACGAACGACGGGUGACGCGCAAGUUCAAGGACGCCCGGGCACAUGGGCUGCGCGUGGAGCAGCGCACCGUUGGCAUGGAGGUCAUCCUGCGACAUUUGGCCCGCCAUGGACCCGUCAUUCUGCUAACCAACGCCUCGCUGCUUACUUGCGAGGUGUGCAAACGCAAUGUCCUGGAAAAAUUCGGAUGUUUUAAUAUACCUUGCAUCGUUCAAAAUACACGCCUACAUGAACCCAAAAGGUACGCGGGACACUACGUUGUGCUCUGUGGAUACGAUAUGGCCGCCCAGAAGCUUUUCUAUCACAAUCCCGAGGUCCACGAUGGCCACAUUUGUCGGUGCCUCAUAGAGUCCAUGGACACGGCUCGACGUGCUUACGGCACCGAUGAGGACAUCAUUUUCAUCUAUGAGAAUAAAGCCACCAAGGAGUAAAAUGACUACAACCCUAACAAGGAAUAGAAACAGGAGUACCUGCAGUUGCCAGGUUGCCAGGUAUUGUGAAAGGGGUAUUGGAAUCUGUGCUUGUGAUAUUAGGACUUUAGAAUGAGACCAUGUCGGGGGACUUAGAGAAGAAGGUUUAAUGAAAGAGCUGCUUGGUUAACUUUGGCACAACAGUGUACUUUAUUUAGGUAUUGUUAGCAGUUGGUCCCCAUAAAAAACAAUUACGUUUAUGGUAACUAGCCAGGCAGCUGCCCACACUAUGUAGGCAAACUGUCAACGAAAAGUAAUCUAGGGAUAUUUCUUAGUUCAUUUCCCCUCAUAUUUGUUUAGUAUACUUUAUGUAGUGCAAUAUUAUUCCAAACAAAAUCUAAAGGUUAGCCCAGCAUCUGUGCAUUUGGGCCCAGGCUCUAAUAAUGCAAUGUAAAGUAUUAUGAUCAUUUUUGUAAGGUAACUUUUCCGGAGAAUCCUAAUUUGGACUCAUAUUUCCGAUAGAUAUUUUGAAAGUGGAACUUAAAAGGAAAAUCGCACUGAACAGAACUUGCUUUUCAUUUGAAACUUUAAAACUAACUUAAAUAUAUAUUGUUAAAGAAAUGUUUGCCAAUAAGAAUUAGUUUAAGGGAUCAGAAUUGCUUGAAAUUGUCCUUAGCUUAUUUUUCGUAUUCCGUAUACCUAACUAAGUUCCAUAUUUGUUUUAAGAAUGCAUUCCAGAAAACUAUGCUUGUAUGUAGAAAAUAAAAACAUUAUUGUUCUGAA